CAGUUUUAUCCUUCCCUGUCCCUAUAAAUUGGCCGUUUUAAGCCCACGGAAUUCUCUCAUUCAACCCGGCCAGUCAAAUUUCUCUCUCUUCAUAUUAUCUAUCUCACCAAUUCUUACCGUGCUCGAGCUAUUCGGAUAAUUUAUUCUUCGGAUAGUUAUAAUCUUUAAUACAAUGGAUGUUAAGGGGGGCUAAAUCUUUCUAAAUUCUAUGGCCUUGGCUGAUAUUCGGGCAAUGUGUGGCGGAAAAGGUUGUUUCAGAGGAUUGAAAUAUUAUUUGCAUAGUACGACACCAAGGAACUAUUUUAAAGGCAAAACUUCUGGUGUGGAAUAUGAAUCAGACUGGACAAAACACAGAAAUUCGUCAGCAUUUACCACACAAGUGAUCCGUCCAACAACAGAUUUUAUGCCUUGGUCUCGUAAAAUCCCUAUAGGGGAUGGAUAUCAUGAAUUUCUUUAAUCAAAUGUCUUAUCAGUCGGAAGUUUUGAUAGACUGAGCAAAAUAAAGUUGUUUGUUUGUAUCACCAUCCAAGUCUCUCUUGAUUUAGAAAAAAUGCCCGGCUUUAUGACUGGAAAAAAGAGGCUUAGUGAACCGAAUAUGUGUUUCUCCAUAUCGACCAAGCAGGAUACCCUAGCUCGUUCAAAAAGCAUUUCUUCUCUCAAUUCUCAGGUUACUGAUGGUUUGGAAAGCCCCCUUCUACCUGGACUUCCUGAUGAUGUUGCAAAGUAUUGCCUUGCACUUGCUCCUCGUUCUAGUUUCCCAUCUAUGGGUGCUGUUAGCAAGAAAUGGAGGGCAUUUAUUCAAAGCAAAGAAUUCAUCACGGUGCGGAAGUUAGCUGGGUUGCUUGAGGAGUGGCUCUAUGUCUUAACAAUGAAUCCUGAUGGAAAGGAUAGCCUCUGGGAGGUUUUGGAUUGUUUGGGACAUAAACAUCGUACUCUUCCUCCAAUGCCUGGUCCUGUGAAGGCUGGGUUUGGAGUUGUUGCUCUACAUGGAAAGCUUCUUGUCAUGGCUGGCUAUUCGGUGAUCGGUGGGACUAGCUCUGCCUCUUCAGGUGUUCACCAAUACGAUCCAUGCCUCAACAGGUGGUGCAAACUGGCAAACAUGAAUGUAGCUCGCUAUGACUUUGCUUGUGCUGAGGUUAGUGGCCUCGUUUAUGCUGUUGGGGGAUAUGGGAUGGACGGUGACAAUCUAUCUAGUGCUGAGGUCUAUAACCCUGACACCAAUAAGUGGACCCUGAUAGAGAGCCUUCGCCGGCCGAGGUGGGGUUGUUUUGCCUGUGGCUUUGAGGGAAAGCUUUAUAUCAUGGGUGGAAGGUCGAGCUUCACAAUAGGAAACUCGAGGUUUGUUGAUGUGUACAACCCUGAGAGGCAUACUUGGUGUGAGAUGAAGAAUGGUUGCGUCAUGGUCACUGCCCAUGCUGUGCUGGGGAAAAAGCUCUUCUGUAUGGAGUGGAAGAACCAGCGUAAACUCACAAUAUUCAAUCCAGAGGACAAUUCAUGGGAGAUGGUGCCUGUUCCUCUAACUGGGAGCUCAUGUAUCGGAUUUAGAUUUGGAAUUCUGGACGGGAAACUUCUGUUGUUCUCACUUGAGAAAGAGCCUGGUUAUUGUACUUUGUCGUAUGAUCCCAAUGCAGCACCAGGCUCAGAGUGGAAGACUACAGAGAUCAAGCCAUCUGGGUUGUGCUUGUGCAGUGUGACUAUCAAAGCGUAAAAAAAAUCCGUCAUCAGAAGUUUAAAGGAUCUUCUAUCACUCUAAGCCAUUGCAGAUGUUUGGACCUGCCUGCCAGAUUUCUCUUUUCAGUGUCAAGUCGUGCUGUCUAAACCGUUGCAGAUGUUUAAUUUGUGGUUUUGUCAUGAUGUUUAAGACCUGCUACCAGAUUUAUCUUUUCAGUGUCAAAUAAGCUUUAUGGAUUUCUGCUUCAUACUAGUACGCAUUGUGGUCAAUUUGCCUACCUUGCAUUCUGCGUGUAGCUGAGGCAGCAAUGUGCAAAAUAUAUGUUAGUAUUGUUUGUUUGAAGUCA